UGACAUAAUUUGAAAAUUAUACCAGGCAGGUAUUGAAUCCGAGCAGUAGAAAUCUGACCCAGAUUAUUGCAAAGUUUUACUGCCAUCAGCUACAGACAAAGGGAUGCAUAUCACCAAGCGAAUUCGCUUUACAAUGUACCUUUCUAUUCCUCUGCUGAUUACAUUUGCUGUUUUGCGUAAAAAGUCAACAUUGGAUAAAAGUAUUUUGCAACUGCAUCAAAAGGAGAUGGAUUCACUGCGAUGGAAACAAACCACUAUUAAUGGUAUUGUUAAACAGCACUCAUCUUCUGUCAUAAUUCAACAGAAACUCCGAAAAAGAACCACUUUCACUUAUUCAAAAUCCUCCAAAAUUGUUUGUGUUGACUUUAGAGGCCGAUUGGGAAAUCUUAUGCUGGAGUAUGCGUUUCUGUACGCGAUAGCAAAAAACAAAGGACUUUACCCCAUAAUUCCAGAAAAAUCUCAACUUCUUACCGUGUUCAACAUACAGGAAACGACAUUAUCGCGUAUUGGAAAACGUCCGAAUGCUUGUUCAGAGCUUCCAAUACUUUCAGAGCGAUGGGCCUUAUCCUUUGAUGAAAGGUUGGUUGAGGUUCCCCGCAAUAACAGUGUAAUGUUUUACGGUUACUUCCAGUCGUGGAAAUACUGGAUAGAACGGAAAGAGGAAAUUAGAGAUAUAUUCCGAUUUAAAAAGUCAAUUAGACAAAAGGUUGAUUUACAAUUCAAGGAGAUUUUACAAAAAAUGAAUUUCACAUUAGAUAUUGACAGUGUUGUCGUCAGUGUGCAUAUUCGAAGAGAGGAUUAUAUUUCAAAAAGAGUAGUGGCUUUCGGAAAAAUCACACCGAAAGCAAGUUACUUUUUAAAUGCUAUGUCCUUUUUUAAAAAGAGGUUUAAGAGAGUUUUAUUUAUCGUCGGUUCCACAGAUUUAGAGUGGUCUAGAGAUGCUUUACAUACAGAACCCAAUGUAUAUUUCUCAGAAGGAAAUUCAGCUGGCGAGGAUUUAGCUCUUCUUUCUAAGGCGAACCACACGAUUAUGUCUGUGGGGACGUAUGGCUGGUGGAUAGGUUGGCUUGCAGGGGGGAUAACUAUAUAUUACCCACAUAUAUUUGUCCCUGGAAGUCCAUUCUCUAAUGAUUUCAGAAAUGGAUCCAUAGAAGAUUUCAUAUAUCCAGGUUGGAUAGAAAUGGAAUGAUAGGAUGUCUAAAGUUAAAUGCAAUAUAAUUGAAUAAACGAAUCACUUUAAAUUUCAAAUAUAUCUCUUACGAUUAUAUAGUCUGAAUGAAGUCUGUAAAUUGAUAAAUUUUGUUGUCAAUGUAUUUUCGAGCUGAUUUUGAAUGUUAAUACAAUUUUCAUGUUAUGAUUUUUAUUGAUGGACAUUUUCAUUCUCUGAGUUUAAUUUAUCUGACAUCUCCACGAAUCUGUCUCUAUAAUAUAUGUUCUACCUUCAAGAUAUGUGUCUAAGAUUUGCUUAACCUCCAUAAUCUGUGUUUGAGACAUGCUUUACCAUCAUCUGUAUAUGAGCUAGCUCAUUAAUUAUCUAUGAGAUGUGCUCAACCAUCAUAUAAGCCUAGGCUAUG